AUGGAUGCUUCAGGGGACAACAACGAACCCACGGAGGAUGAAGACGCUGAUGUUGUCGAUAUUUCAUCAAAUAUUUGGGCUGCCGUAAGCGGAAGAUCACUCAAGACGUUUGUGUUUACCGACCAUCAUUCUAUACCUGGGAUAUCAAAUAUGGAAAUCAGUUCAAUAAGGCCAAUCGACUUGUUCGGCUUGAUGGUAACUGACGAAGUUUAUGCACUGAUUGUGCUCCAAACCAAUUUGAACGCUAAUCAGUCCUUGUCAAGGUCAACCGUAACUCGAAGAUCUCGAAUGAAGAAAUGGGACGAUACCAAUGUACCAGAGAUAAGGAAGUUUCUUGGACUUGUCAUAUACAUAGCAAUUAUAAAAUAUCCAGCGAUUUCUCUGUACUGGAAGACAAACCAAUUUUAUAAAAACAAUUUUGUUCCCCAUGUAAUGUCACGCAAUCGGUUCCAAUUAUUGCUAAAAUGUAUUCACUUCGCCGGCAACGCAACUAUCGAAGGUAAUCGUUUGGAAAAAGUAAAAUAUUUACUUGACAUUUUGGAAAAAAAUUUCGUUAGUGCCCGAAUUCCGGGAGAAAUAUUGGCUGUUGAUGAGAGCAUGAUUCCCUGGCGAGGAAGGCUCCAGUUUCGUCAGUUUAACCCUGGGAAAUCUCACAAAUAUGGAGUAAAGGUGUACAAGCUCUGUGCCACUAAUGGGUACACAUACACCCGCUCAAUUUAUGCCGGAAAAUUUGAACACACCUAG